CUCAACGGGCGAUAUAACGCGAAGGGAAAAGAAGGCAAAAAGUGAGAGUGUAGAGAAGUGAAUGAGAAAAAAAAACAUUGCGAGAAAUAUCGAGAAAAAGAAGGGAAUGGGAGUGAAAAAAAUAAUGGUAUUGGCAGUGGUGAACCUCAGCUAACUUGGUGACUUGGUCACUCAGUGACUGUGUCUCGUAAUAAUCGGUGCUGACGUCUCGCAGUGGCUCGUUUUACUCUACAUGUGUGUUGUAUAUUUAUCAAUUCACUUCGACCAAAUUAAUUGACAUUUAUCAAUUAAUUUCAACCAAAGAUGACAUUAGUUAACUGACAGACUGUUUUAUUCAGUUAAAUAGUUUACCCAAUAGCUUGAAAAAUGUGAUGUCAACUAUUUUCAUGUUAUGGACAUUUUGAGGGCUUCAAAGUGACCGAAAAAUUGUGACGCAAGGAUUUUCCAGACAUUUUGGAUUUAUUUGGAUAAGUGAUAAUGUCCGAGAGUUCGGAUCAAUUGUCAUCGCCCAACAGCGAGUGCAAUAGUCAAAUGGGUCACCGUAGUUCGGGUGGUUACGUGAACACGAUACAGGGAUUAUCGUUGAAUCUUCAUCAGCGUCAGCAGAAUUCGGGUGUCACGGCGGGGAACAGUCCGAGGUACGGACAGGAACAGAGUGCUUGUAAUUCAGUGAAUAUUUCUAAUAUCGGGCUUAAUGUUACGGGGAGUACUGCCGAUUUUACGCCCGAACAGAUAUCGUGCAUGUGCGAAGCACUAUCGCAGAGUCAUGAUAUUGAAAAACUUACCAGAUUUUUGUGGUCCCUUCCGCCGGGUGAACUGCACCGCGGUGGCGAGAGUGUUUUAAUGGCGCGUGCAGCGGUGGCAUUUCACCGUGGCGCUUACCACGAGCUCUAUUCAAUUCUCGAAAGCCACCCAUUCUCUCCUCGUCGUCACCCAGAGCUUCAACAAAUGUGGUACAAAUCUCACUACUGCGAGGCUGAGAAAAUCCGGGGCCGCGCGUUGGGCGCAGUUGACAAAUACCGUUUACGAAAAAAGUAUCCACUGCCAAAGACAAUCUGGGACGGUGAGGAGACGGUUUACUGUUUCAAGGAGCGAUCGAGGAAUGCACUGAAGGAGUGUUACACGAGGAAUCGUUACCCAACGCCCGAUGAUAAGAAAGACUUGUCUAAGAAGACCGGCCUGACCCUUACCCAGGUCUCCAAUUGGUUCAAAAACCGGCGACAACGAGAUCGAACGCCGCAAACGAGACCAGAGAUGCUCUCACUAAAUUGCCAAAGCAACAACGGGAACAUGACUAACGGAGUGAGUAGUACCGGCGGCUCACAUCAGCCGUUGCAGCCCCUGGAGUCCAGUAGUCCGAACCUUGCAAUGUCACCGAUAUCAACGAUAGUUAUGUCGCCUGUUGGAAUGAAUCCCUGCAGUCCAAUGGGCAUGAGUCCGAUGGGACCUCAUCAUCAUGGAUACGCUGCACCGGUCACCCCCUCAUCCGUGCACUCGGCUCACCCUCACAACGGUGCACUCAGUCCCAUGAAUGAUGUCAAAACCUUGUGCUACGGUCGCGGAGUCUACGAUAGUGGUAAAGACAUCGAUCAAACAGCGGUGUAUUAUUCGAGUCACACCAGCAUGCAUCAUCAGUAUUAUCAACAGAGUCACCACCAAAUGAUGACCGGGACUCAUCAUCAUCACCAUCAGCAAACAAUGUCAAGUGGUUAUGAAAUUAUGUUACCACCACCCCAGCACUCCAUGUGACCCACAGAAUGUAAUUCUCGUGAGGAUCAGUCCACGAGUGAUGAUAUUCUCUCGCGAAUACACGCAUUUGCGUGAAUGGAACCGGUGUUAAUUACUUAAAUAAAGUGCUUACUUGAUUAAUGCUACCAUA